UCCUCCGCUAAAUAUAGAAGCAGAUACACACAGACAGGGAGACUGACUAAGCCGAGCAGGGCUUUCUCUCUCUCUUUCUCUUUCUUUCUCUCACGGCGAAAUGGCUCUAUCUACAGUUCUCUAUAUGUCAGUUUUUUAAAGUAUUGUCUUUGUUUUAAAAAAAUACAUACAAAUCUCAGUCCUCAAAGUAGAUUUGCCUUCAUCUCACUGGUGUCAAAGAAGUUGGGGCUUUUAAAGUAACUUUAAUUCGUCUUCAAGAGGGGAAAAAUUGAGGUCGAGAACGCAGCAUCGUCGAGGUUUAUGCGGGACAGAUGCAAGAAUCUGUGAACUGAAUGAAGUGAGGAGCGAGAAGAAGGUCUGAUACUGAGAAAACGGAAGUGAGUUGAGGUCAAAGGUACAGGUUAAAGGUGAGGAGAGAAGAGAAACAGCAAAGAUGGGGAGGAAAAAGAUUCAAAUCACGCGGAUUGUGGAUGAACGAAACAGACAGGUGACAUUUACCAAGAGGAAGUUUGGGUUAAUGAAGAAGGCUUAUGAGCUAAGUGUACUGUGCGACUGUGAGAUUGCUCUGAUCAUCUUCAACAGCACGAAUAAACUGUUCCAGUAUGCCAGCACCGAUAUGGACAAAGUAUUGUUGAAAUACACAGAGUACAAUGAACCACAUGAGAGUCGAACAAAUUCAGAUAUUGUUGAGACAUUGAGAAAGAAGGGACUAAAUGGCUGUGACAGCCCAGACCCAGAUGCAGACGAUUCAGUGGGUCACAGCCCUGAGUCUGACGAGAAGUGCAGAAAAAUAAAUGAAGAUAUUGAUCUAAUGAUCAGCAGGCAAAGAUUGUGUGCAUUGAACAAGAAAGAAAACAAAGGCUGUGACAGCCCUGAUCCUGACUCCUCUUACGCUCUCACCCCACGCACUGAAGAAAAAUACAAAAAAAUUAAUGAAGAGUUUGAUAAUAUGAUCAGGAAUCAUAAAAUACCUGCUGUUCCACCACCUAACUUUGAGAUGCCAGUUUCUAUCCCAGUGUCCAACCAAAACAGCCUGGUAUACAGUAGCCCAGGAAACUCAUUGGGCAAUCACAACUUAAUGCCACUGGGGCAUCCUUCUCUGCAGAGGAACAGUAUGUCUCCUGGAGUAACACAACGGCCACCAAGUGCAGGAAACGGAGGUGGCCUGUUGGGUGGGGACCUCGCAACUACUGGUGCAGGCACCAGUGCAGGAAAUGGGUAUGGAAAUCCCCGCAAUUCGCCAGGUCUGCUGGUCUCGCCUGGCAGUAUGAACAAGAACAUGCAAACCAAGUCACCACCUCCCAUGAAUUUGGGAAUGAACAAUCGGAAACCUGACCUCCGGGUUCUCAUUCCACCAGGUUCAAAGAAUAUGCCAUCAGUGAAUCAGAGAAUAAACAACUCUCAAGCUGCACAGUCAUUGGCUACACCAGUAGUUUCUGUAGCAACCCCUACUUUACCUGGGCAUGGAAUGGGAGGAUACCCUUCAGCCAUUUCUACCACAUAUGGUACUGAAUAUUCCCUUAGUAGUGCUGACUUGUCAUCUCUCACUGGGUUUAAUACUACCAAUGCCCUCCACCUUGGCUCAAUGACUGGCUGGCAGCAACAUCAGCUACAGAAUAUGCAACAUUCAGCCCUCAGCCAACUGGGAGUUUGUACUAGCACUCACUUAUCUCAGAAUUCAAAUCUCUCCCUGCCUUCUACUCAAAGCCUCAACAUCAAGUCAGAACCUGUUUCUCCUCCUAGAGACCGCACCCACACACCCUUGGGAUAUCCGCAGCACUCAAGGCUCGAUGCAGGGCGAUCUCCAGUGGAUAGUCUGAGCAGCUGUAGCAGUUCCUAUGAUGGAAGUGACCGAGAGGAUCACAGGAAUGACUUCCAUUCUCCCAUCGGACUUACAAGGCCUUCGCCAGACGAAAGGGAAAGUCCAUCUGUCAAGCGGAUGAGACUGUCUGAAGGAUGGGCAACAUGAUAAGAUUCUUCAGUAAUGUUUUUUUCUUGCAGUGUGUGUGUGCGCUACAUUACAGGGCAAGGGAGGGAGGGGGGAAUUCAACAUUAUAUGUGCCGUGUGUGGAAAAUAAGUCAGGUACUCUGUUUUGUAAAAGUACUUUUAACUUGCCUCAGUGAUAUAAAGUAACGUAAAUUGCUGAGAUAACAGCUUUAGCACUUGAGUUGUACAAAGAAAACCCUUGUACAAUGUAGAUUUAACUGCUAACUCUUUUACAUUGCUGUGCUCCCUUGCAAAAUGUAUGUUACAAUAGAUAGUGUCAUGUUGCAGGUUCAACGUAUUUACAUGUAAAUAGCAGAUUAAAAGGAAACAUUUGCCAGAACUGGCGGAUCUUUGCUGAGAAAGAAAGUGCAGCUGUUAUGCAACAAAAACAAAAAAAAAUUAUAUAUGUAUAGGUGGUUGACAGGCCCAGAAAUAUGGGUGACCAUUAUCAAAAAAGCAAACUGGUCAAUUGACAUCUCUGAACAUACUAAAGAAAGAAAAGCAUAUCACCAGAGUAUGGCACUCAAUAAAGUGCAUCAGUCAUUUAAAUGAGGACUAUACUUUGAUAAAAUAAUUAAAUAUCAUUAAUACGUGGAAAAGUCCAAAUUCUGGGUCUGUUUAACAUUUUAAGUGGAUUUUAAAAAGAUGUACAUUACAUUUUGCUUAUAUUUUCAUAUGGAAGCAAGAAAAGACAUUUGCAAAGCAUUUGUGGCUUUUUGUAGUUACCUAAGCCAAAAUGUUUUUUUCCUGAUAGCUUUGCUGGUAUUUUAAACAGUCCUAAAAAUAAUGGAAUUGGGCUCUUCGUAAGGAAGCACUACCCUAAACCAUGAAAAAAACUCCACGCUUUGCUAACCAAGAUAACUGUUUUCUCUUUGUAGAGGUUUUGUUUUUGAAUUGUGUAUUUCUAAUUAUAUAAAAUAAUAUUAAGAAAAACUUUUAAAAUCUGUGAAAUUAACAUGCUUGUGUAUAGCUUUCUAAUAUAUAUUAAUUAUGGUCAUAGCAAACAUUGUUUUGGUUAUCUUAUUAGUGGGGGAGGGGAGAAUGUAUUUGUGCAUAUGCACGUUUAAGUAACUAAAUUCUUUACAUCUUUUCUGCACACCUUUCUGCAGAAUCAGAGUUGGCUGUGUUCAGUAUAACAAGGUUAACCAGUUGGGAGGACGGGUUUAGUAUGUAUUUUAAGUUUUGUUACAGUUCAGGAAUUAAAACAUGAAAAGGAGUAGGGCUGCCUGUCAUUUUGGGUACUGGGGUAAUUUCAGAAGUAAGAUUUCAAGGGUAGUUUUCCUCAGUACAUCCAAUUAGCCAAUUUGUGAUUCUGAGCAUCGUGGUGAAAUGUCAAACUAUUCUUAAUUCAAUGUGAUCAUUUGGCAAAAUUAGUUAGCUCACUUUACUUGGAUUUGUAUGUUUGCUAAACAGGAAUUUUUGAAUCUAAAGGAUUACCAGUAGAUAUUUUGUCAAUUAUAUGUUUCAAAUUUUUUUAAAAAAGAAUGUGUUCUUAAAAAUUGUUAAAGAAAACAUAACUUUUCUCAAUCAUAGCCCCUAACCGCAACCUGAAUAAGAACUCGUGUGAGUGUGUUUUGUGUGUUUUCAUUCAGUUCUGUAAUAGUUCGAUUUGAUGCUAAAUGAAUUUUCAAAGCUAAUUUAUCUUUAAAGCUUCAAUCCCAGUUAACUUCCAUGUCUUCACAAUUUCAUUGUAAUAUGUUUACAUGUUACUAAAAAGCAGUUCUCAGUAAUGACUCACUCAAUAAAUGAACAUCAGGCAGCCACAGACUCCUAACUCUAUUUUAAUUCAAUAACCUUUUGCAAAUGAAGUAAUCGAUUUCUUUGUAGAUCGUGCUACUAGCAAAAUAUCAUAACAGCAAAUCAAUAUCCACAAUUUUUAAAAAUCAAUUGAGAAGCACAACCUAAUUCAUAAUGGGUCACUCCUUUCUGUACCUACAACCCUCUACUUAUUAUUGUCCAAGUGUUAUUAUUUCACCGUAUGUUUGACCACAGAGUUAAUUCUGAGUUAGCAUAUAAUGAUACAGUACUAUGGUUUUAAGAAUUAUUGGGGCAGAGCCCCUUGUAUAUUCUCAUUUACUCACAAAACCAUUGGCUAACAGAUUUAGGCAAUGUUCUUUACUGCAAGGCAAAAAAAUAGCAGUGGCACUUUCCUGGGGGCACUUAAGUUAUUUUCUGUUUCAUAAAACUCAUGAACAUCAAAAAAAAGCUUGUUACUAUACUGCGCAGAAGUGAGAGCGAAGUCACUUACUGAUAUCUUGAUGUUUGCAAUGCAUUACUGCUGCCAGUAACUUGAGUUGACAUAUCAGUGCCAGCAGAUGUCAUACAGUAAGAGCUGAGAUAGUGAAAAUAUCAGCAAACCAGAUCAGCUUUGACAGAAUAUUCUGCAAAAUCCACUAUUCUACCUCUAAAAGACAGAGUUUAUGAUAAAUGGGAUAUCCCAAUGUUGCCCCAAAUGAAAUAUUUUAAUAGCCCUAGAAAAUGGUCGCACCAUCAAAAUAUACAGCAUUCAGGAAAAGGUAUUCUUUAGAAAAAAAAAAUCAGCUAGCUAUCUCAAUUCAGUAUCAUACUUAUGUAAAGUUUAUUUUUAAAAGUCUGACAAUAUAUUUAUUUAUAGUUGACCAUUGAAAUAGUCUUUUUUUUAAAUGGAAACCUAAAGCAUGAAAUACACUGUUUACGCACACAAAUGUUUCCCAAUCCCUGUAAAGUAUGCCUUGAAGGUUUGGCUUUACAAGAAACACAAUUACCAAUUAAAAUCAACAGUGUUCCAUAAAACCACUUUGUUGCGCGAAGAAGAAUUGCCUAAGAAGUAAAUUGUGAGUGCUUCAACUGUUACUAUUUGUGCCAUCCGCUGUGUAGAAUGUGGCAUCUUUAUUCUUACGCUGGUUUCCUGCCAUUAAAAGAGUUCCGCAAAGACUGAUCAAAUAAUGUUUAUUUAGAGUGCUUCAAGUGUAGGGUAAUGAUAAAGGCUUUUGUUAAUAUUUUAACCAAAGAUGUGGAGCAAUCCAGGCAGUUAGCCACAGUUUUGCAAAUAUGUUUCUCUAAUUGCUUUCUGUUUUAUUUUGUGUUCAGGUUAUUAUACAUAUUCUACUUGCCCUGUUCAUACCUCAAAUUCAUCCAUACCUCAAGAGAGUUUAGAGGUCUGUUAAUCAAGCAAUUAAAUAUGGUACCGGUGCUGUUAUGAAGGAACUGUUAUCAACUAUAGCCCUGGAUUGAUUUAGAAGGUUUAUUGUUAUUGACCUUAAACAUACUUGGAUUGCUCCAGCUGGUUUGCUGUUAUUUUUUUCUGAGGAUUUGUUUCCAUUAUACAAUAGUAAUACAAAAUGAUUGCUUGUAAAUGGGGAAAUGUGGAUGUUUGCAGCAAAAAUAAAGAGGCUCACAGCGGCAUAAGCUGGACUUUGUCGCCACUUGAUGACAAAAAGAUGUUAAUAACUAAGUUAAACUACAUCUAUGUAUCUCAAGGGACUUAAUUCAGCUGUCUGUAGUGAAAAUUUUUAUGAGAAAAUUCAAGUUUCUCUCGCUGGAAAUAAGGUAUAAUUUGUAUUUUGCAGACAAAUCAGUAAAGUUACUGGCUUUCAUAGUGA